CUCGCCUCGCGGGGCCGCCGCCGCUCGCCGCCCGCCUCGCGCCUUCGCCAUGGCCUUCGCCACCCGCUGCUUCGUGCGCGCCGCGUCCUCGUCCUCCUCCGCCGCCGCCACGGCGGCCGCCAAGAAGCUCAUCGUCAAGCAUGUGACGGUCAUUGGCGGCGGGCUCAUGGGCGCCGGCAUUGCCCAGGUUGCAGCAGCCAGUGGUCACACUGUGGUGUUAGUAGACCAGACAGAAGAAAUCCUUAAAAAGUCUACACAAGGAAUUGAAGAGAGCUUGAGAAGAGUAACAAAGAAGAAGUUUGCAGAUAAGCCUGAGGCUGGCACCGAGUUCAUUGAGAAGACCUUAAAGAACCUGACAACAAGCACUGAUGCAGUAGCGGUGGUCCACAGCACAGAUUUGGUGAUAGAAGCCAUUGUGGAGAACCAGGAAGUUAAAAAUGAGCUCUUCAAGAGGCUGGAUAAGUUUGCUCCAGAGCAUACAAUAUUUGUAAGCAACACUUCAUCACUGCAAAUUACGCAGUUGGCUAACUCAACCACCAGGCAGGACCGAUUUGGUGGUCUCCAUUUCUUCAAUCCUGUGCCUGUGAUGAAGCUUGUAGAGGUCAUAAAGACACCAAUGACCAGCCAAAAGACUUUUGAAUCACUUAUGGAUUUCAGCAAAGCUGUAGGAAAGAGUCCUGUCAGUUGUAAGGAUACUCCGGGGUUUAUUGUUAACCGUCUCUUGGUGCCAUAUAUGCUUGAAGCUGUUCGACUUUUUGAGAGAGGAGAUGCAUCAAAGGAAGAUAUUGAUGUUGCUAUGAAGCUUGGGGCUGGCUAUCCCAUGGGUCCAUUUGAACUGCUGGACUAUGUUGGAUUGGAUACCAGUAAAUACAUUAUAGAUGGAUGGCAUUCAUUAGAGCCCAACAAUCCUCUUUUUGCUCCCAGCCCACUCCUGAAUAAACUGGUAGAAGAGAAGAAGUUUGGUAAGAAGACUGGAGAAGGAUUUUACAAAUACAAAUGAACUCCAGACCUUGGGAGCUGUUAAACUAUCUGUGUAUGCUAUUCAGCAUUCCCAUACUACAGGUGAAUUCUGUUUGAGCCCUCCCAAGGAUGGCACAAAUUGCAUUUAGAGCAUAACCCACUUCUGAACUGAAUGGUUGCACUAGUUAACAAUUUCUGUGCUGAAAGCUUGAUUUGGUAGAUUAAUUUUUCUUGUAAUUCUGAAAAGCUUUACAUGUACAGGGCCUUCAUGCAAAUGUUGAUUUUUAUCAGGUGCAGGACAGAAUGGCAAGUGGAUUUAUGUAUUUGAACACACUGUUGUAUUAAAAAGGGAGAAAUCCAAACAAUAACUACACUUUCACGAAAAUAAAAUUUUAAACAAUUCUAUACUGAAUGCUAUGACUUCAGUUGAUAUACUUGGUUGUAGUCCACUGGGUGGCAAUCUUUUUGCACACUGGCAGAUGUAGAGGUGGAAAGGCAGUAUGUUGUUUUGUUAGGGUUUUUCUUAAACACAGUGCUAAUCGUAGGUAUAAAUUACAAUGCCUUGAACAAGUUUAUGUUUUUGAGUGUCAUACUGAAAAUAUAUAUCCACUCUGCAGUGGCAGGCUGUCACCUGCACAGAAGGGUCCCAAUACUGCAUUUAAAGGAAAACUCAUAAUUUCUGUUGGGAUUUCCUGGCAUUUUCAAUUGCAGGUCAAGGGCCACCUUUAGAUAGUUGCUGUAGAAACAUGAUGAAUUUAGUACAUGGAUUUGUUUUUAAUAACUAGACUAGGAAGCUUAUGAAAGUUUCCAUAUGCUUUUUAGAGUCCUAUAAAUUGCCUUUAAUUAGUGGCACUUCAUUUUAAGUGUCAUUUUUCACUACAGCACUACUCUACUAUUGUAGUCAAGUACUUCCGGGGAUUGAAACUGGAGUCUGUGCUGUGUAAACAAAUAGGUGUGGCUGACUGUGUGAGGCACCUUCUGUUUGGCAAUUCGAUUUCCUUGGGGCUUAGCAGAGUCUGGAUUUGUUCUUGAUGGCAGUACUGCAAGGCCUGCCUUUUCUCCAGCUAUUAUAGAGCAGAUGGGUGUGAGGUUUGGAGCUCCAGUUUAUUUGAGUAGUAACUUUCUUCUAUUUUAUGUACUUUGGAUCUGUAAACUGAGUGCUUAUAUAUAUUUUUUAAUUAAAGAAAUGAUGAAUAAAUAUUUAACUCUCA